UAGCAUAGCCCGGGAUAUGAGAAGCGACAGCCUGCAAUUUACAGGAUCCGAAACUGCGAGCGGUGCAGAUAAAUACAUAAUAAAAACAAGAAAGACACCAACAGUUGUGGAUUUAUAACAAGUUUAUAUACACGGGUUUUUUUCCCCACUCAGGUAAAUAGACAUUUACCUUUUUUUUUUUUUUUCGGGACUGGAGAUUUAACGCACAGAAAUACUUUUGUAUCAUUGGAGAAUUUUCUCAAAUACUUUUCUAAUAUUAUAUUAUCUAUAUCAGUCUGUUUUUAAAAAAAAAUCGAAUCGUUUUGUGAGCAUAAGAAGACAGUCAACACGAUUUAUUUCAUCUUGUUCUCUAUUUCGAGGCUUCCACGGUUCCUUGAGUGUAAAGUUUAGACCAAAAGAAGAACUUUUCAAAUAUAUUUAUUUGUUUUUCAAGCGAGGAAAACUUCAACUGGAAUGUUGAGUUCUGUAAAAAUGGAAUCCCACGAAAUUCCAGAAUGGAAUUCUUUCUACGCAGAACCGGCAGAGAUGUACCCCUCCAUCAGUACAAUGAGUUCAGGGUUGGGCUCCAUGAACAGCUAUAUCAAUUUGAAUUCUGUGGGGUCCUCAGCAGGCAUGAACAUGGCAUACCCAAGCAGUGGGAUCAACACUAACCCUCUGUCUGGCAUGAGCGCCAGCUCCAACCACAUGAGCCUUUCCCCGGUGGUGUCCUCCCUCAAUCCUAGCACCCUGACCCAGCUUGGUGCUCCGACCUCCUCCCUCAACUCCUACCAAAACAUGAGCCAGCCCAUGAGCCAGCUCAGCUACCCCUCAACUGGGCUGAACCGGCCCAAGGAGAUGAGCAAACCUUACCGCCGCACCCUGACUCACGCCAAGCCGCCGUACUCCUACAUCUCCCUGAUCACCAUGGCGAUCCAGCAGUCCAACAGCAAGAUGUUGACCCUCAAUGAGAUCUACCAGUGGAUCAUGGACCUCUUCCCUUACUACAGGGAGAACCAACAGAGGUGGCAAAACUCCAUCCGCCACUCCUUGUCUUUCAACGACUGCUUUGUGAAGGUGGCCAGGUCUCCAGACAAGCCUGGAAAGGGCUCCUAUUGGGCCCUGCACCCCAAUUCGGGGAACAUGUUUGAGAACGGCUGCUACCUCCGGCGCCAGAAGCGCUUCAAGCUUGAGGACAAAGCCAGCAAGAAGAAUUCCUCGCUCAAGACUCAAGAUGCCAAGGGCCGGGACAGCCUUCAUGAGGAACACAGUCCCGACCCGGGCUCAGAAGAGGCAGAGUCAGCCCAUUCUGACAACUCCCACCGUGGUUCUUCUCCCGAGGAGCAGCAACAGAGAAGCUUGAUCCAGCUGGAAUGUCCCCAGCCGCCAGCCCAAGGCUCUCCUUCUCUGUCUGCUUCUGGUUCCAACGCCACCUCGUCCUCCCACCCUCUCCCCCAGCCCAUGGGAGGAAACCAUCUUCUCCCCAGCUCCAUCCCACACCUGGAUCUCCAGAACGAACAUCUCAAGUCAUUGGACCCUCACUACAAUUUCAACCACCCCUUCUCCAUCACCAACCUCAUGUCCUCAGAGCAAAAGAUGGACCUCAAGUCCUAUCAGGAUCAGAUGAUGGCCUAUAACAGCUACUCUUCUUCCUCCCCUAUGAUGGCCAAGCACAGUUACGAGAGCUCCACCUCAUCACCCAUGGACACAGGCUCCUAUUACCAAACCCUGUACAGCAGAUCCGUCCUCAAUACCUCAUAACAACCCUUAGAAAGGAGGCUUGAUGGUUUUUCCUUGGACACAAGAUAGGUAGGGAAACCAAAGGGAUGGGCUGUGCCAACUGCUGUAGGAUGGCUGGACGGGGGUAACGGGUUGCUGCAAAGAGCAUUUUGUUGUCGACUCACAUGUGUGGACUUGUGUGUGUGUGUUGCACCUUUUUGUUUUGUUCUUAGAGGAUUAAAUUUACAAUUGUUAAAUACCCUCCCCCUCCCCCAACCCGAAAUAACAUCAACCACUUUGGCUAACCCCCCCCCCCCCCCCAUCCCCCCC